UUAAAAUUGACAAGUUUUUUAAUCGCAAAUUUUAUUAUUGUUGAUUUUUUGUGUUUUGUUUGUUUGCCAAUUUUUCCAAUUUUCCUCACAAUUUUCUCACAAAGAAAUCGUGAUUCGAUAAUUUUUAUUUUACACAUUGGAUACCAAUUCGUUGCUUUUCUUUGCCAUUUUGUGCAGUUGGACCAAAAUUAGGCGCCCAAGGGAAUGCCUCAACAACCUGUUGCUCUUGUGUGAUUUUUUUUGCGAUCAGAAUUUUCUCUCUUAAGAGUAGAGAACUGCUGAUAAGAGUGUAGUGGACCUUCCCGAAGUUUCUCAGUUAAUUCCGCGAUAGUCUUCCUUGAGCGCUUGAGUGGGGCGAGAGCACGCGACGCAAUGGUUAACACAUCGCUGGCCGUGAGUGAGAGGCGCAUUGUCCGGGAGAACUUUGUGAGUAGUGCCCAUUCCCGCAUUAACCUGUACGAUGUUCCCGUGACGGCACUCCGGACGAAGACAAGGGAGCUAAUGGCCCUCCUGCUGGACCCCAUUAAGUAUCUGCCGUCCGAGGAGGGUCGUCAGCGAGAUUGGCGCGGAAUUGCCGAGGUAACGGGCUUCCGGAAUCAACAGACAACCUUCAUUGGCAACCAGCGGAGCCCCACGCUGAAGCUGCUGGAGAUGCUGGGCAAGCAAGGUGGGGAGGUUGUGACCCUGGCAGAGCUGCAGCGUAUUCUGGGCAUCAUUGAUCGAUGGGAUGUGGUAGACGACACCAAUCAGUCAUUCUUGGAAGAUGCGGAAAUAUUCCUCUGUGCCAAGCCGAAAUUUGUUGAGCUCCCCGAGAAGGGAAGCGCCCCAAGUGAAUGGGAUGAUGACACCAACAUCCUGACGAAUGACGACGCCCCGGGGCUCCUGCAGAAGUACGAUGCUUUCGUCCUCUUUGCCGAUGAGGACAUCGAAUAUGCCACAGAAUUGAUUGAGCGACUCGAGGAGAGUGGAUUUAAGCUCUGCGAGAAGAGUCGCGAUUUGAAGGCAGGACAUCAGGAGCAUGAUGCCAUUUGUCGUCUAAUAGCGGAGAGGUGCAACAAAUUGAUCUUAAUUGUGACACAAGCCUUCCUCCAGAGUGCCGCCAAUACGUUCUUCGUGAAUGUUGGGCAGGCCUUUAGUAUAGAAAAACGGCGUCGGAUGAUAAUACCGUGUCUGUAUGAGAAAUGUAUUUUGCCACCGAAUCUCAGUUUCUACUUUGUACUCAAUUAUCAAACAUCUGGGAAAUUAUUUAAUUUCUGGGAUAAACUGAAGCAAUCAAUAAGGAAUACCCCAAUGGAGAGCGUUGCCGUACAACUGGCUAAGCCGACAAUAACAAUAACUGAAGUUGAUUCGCCGCAAACAUCAAAAUUAGCCGCAAUUGAGGGGGCAAAGACAAAUGAAAAAACUCCUGAUUCCCCACCUGUCCAUCCAAUUUACAAUUCAUCCAAACCAUCAAUUGUGAUUAAGAAGUCCUACAGUCCGGAGCCACAGAGGAAGAUUUGGCCGCCAGCAGCUAAACAGCGAACUGUUUCAAUGUGGGAACUCAGCACGAAUCCAGAUUCCGGGAAGGGAAGUGAUUCACCCAUGAGUCCACUACCCGCACUCGUUAGUCCGUCCAGUGGAAGUAAAAAGGAGAAAUGGUACAAGAAACUCCUGACGCCCAGUACGAAGAAAUCCUGUGAUGGUAGCAGUGGUGUGGAGGAUGAUGCCAUUUCAACGGGAUCAAGUGCCUCAACGGGUAAGGAGAAGACCAAGAAAAGGUGGUUCAGAAAGAAGAAAACUCCCGUAGCCAUGCCGAGUUGAGGAUUUUUCUUUUUCUAAUAAUAAUUUUUUUUUUCAAAGAAACAUUCCGAUUUUGUUAUGAAUUUUUUUGUUGUCUCAAAAGUCAAUUUGCAAUAGGAAAAGGCCUAAAGUGCGAUAGAUUUAUGCACAUUAAGAAUGCUUUCAAUUUUACUGACAAAACGUUAACGUAGUGUGAUGAUACCUCAACGAGGAAAACGCAAUGUAUUGUACACAACUUUUUAAAUUUUAAUAAAUGAAUAUUUUAAAUUAA